AUGGCAGGAGUCAGCAGUGUGGGGAACAGUCCCGUGGCCCGGGAAUCCCGGGCAUCCCGGCGCAGAAAGAUCAUCUGGAAUGGUAUGCAGAAAGAGGCCCUCGUGAGAGCUUUCGCCAAGAGCCCUUACCCAAGCUUCAGGGCCAGGGAGCAACUGGCCAGGGAAAUCGGCUUGCCAGAGUCGCGGGUCCGGGUGUGGUUUCAGAACCGCCGAAGUCGCACAGGGCUGGUGAGGCAAGGCCCGAAGCCCUCGACAGCCCUAAGUGUCGCAGAGCCCCUGCAGCCUCACGAAGAGUCCGGUGCCAGGCUGAAAGGUAGAAGAAGCAACCCGUCGGGACGCAGAAGGCUUCGCACUCGACUCAGCUCCACACAGUUGAUCAUCUUAAGACAAGCUUUUGAGAGGCAGCCCUACCCGGGCUUUGCUGUCAGGGAGGAGCUCGCCCAAAGGACCGGUUUGCCUGAAGACACCAUCCACAUAUGGUUUCAGAACAGAAGAGCACGCCACCGAGCUGCUGGCAAGGACAGCUUGUUGCCACGGUCUGCUGCACGAGAUGACGGCACACGGGAUUUGACUCUCACCUGCCCACCAACCUCCUCCGGAAUCUCCUGGACAGCAGCGCCACAGCCCUCCUCUCCAGCAGACCGGCCAGAGGCACGUGAAGUUGCAAGGCUCUCUCCUGAUCCCAUGCUGGCAGGAAAACAAACUGACCAAGAGGCGAGGGACACUCUGGAUCUCUUUGACCCAUGGGAGCAGAUUCAGCCAAGCCUCGAGGGCCCUCUUGACGAAGAAGAAUACCAGGCUCUCCUGGAUCAGCUCUGA